AAAAGAUUUAAUUUCCAUCUAUGGUUCGACUAGAGAAACUCGUCUAUGAACAAUUAGUCAACAUACGUGCCCUCAAUAGACAAAGAAUAAUUGGGUCUCCAAAGAAAUGGUACUCUGAACCACGAACACCUGCCAUGACCCUAUCAGCAGUGAAAUUAUUCACCCAAGGAUGGACUGGUCUCAUCUACAAGACGGUUGAGCCCUUGUUAGCAAGGUAAUCAACGAUCGCAUCAUCUCUAGAUUCUUCUACCGAUGGAUGAGAAACAUUGGCUUGGAUAGAGGAUUGGCAUUAGAAGAUUUACUCCUAUUCCAAGAUAGAGAAUUAAGAAGAGAUCCCCUCUUCGAACACAUCCAAAGAGAAGGAUUCCAUCCCUACACUUGGAUUCUCUUCAAUAAAAGAAGAGCAAGAUUCUCAAAAGUCGAAAGAGGUGUCAGAGGAUCCACAGCUCCAGAAUGGUUAUAAGCAGAAGCAAGAGAGCGAACAUUGGCUGAUAGCGUUUAAAACAUAUAUGAAUGGGACAAUUAUGUCUAUCAAAACUACAUGAGUGAUAUGACACCUACUGCAAGAGGAACUAUCCUUUAGAAAUUAUUGCCUCUUGAAUGGUUCCUCUUUUUCGGUCUCCUCAGAGUCGACUCUUGGGACAGAUACUUUUACAACGAAGUCAUGUACAAGGGUCUUGAAUACUCCAAGGAAGAAUUGGCCAACAUUCCCAAACCAUUCAAAGCCCAAUUAAGUAUGUCAAUAUCACAAUCUCUUUAGCUACUGAAGAAGGCAGGAGACAAUUUGAAAUCAAUGUCAAUAGAUUCAUCGACCUCUAUCCUGGAUCCAUCGUUAAGGAAGGGUACAGUUUCAAUUCAAUAUUUUAGUGAAAAAUUCGACUUCCAACGAUUCUAUGCUCUUGAAGCCAUUAAUAAUAAUCGAGACUUGAGCAAAUUCGAUUCAUCCUUGGUCUCUCAACUGAAAUCUGAACUUACACAAUAAGUUGAAAAGAAAUCAGCAACCAAGGUUAAGAAGGCUAAACCAUCAUUGCCUAGUUGGUUACAUUCUGAAGGAAAAGGACUCUUAGCAUGAAUAAUUAUGCAUACAUUAAAUAUAUAAUAUAUUAUUAUUUAGC